GAGAUAACAUGUGAAAUGAGAUGUUGUUUCAGGGCCCAUAUCAACCAUUUUGGCAUUUUCAUUGAUGCCAAUUGGCCCGUUUUGAAACCUUUGUAGCCGCAGGAAAUGGAAAAGACUUAUUUUAGAAUCAAAAUUUAACCUUAUAAUAUGACAAUUUCCGAGGAUAGAUAAGACAGUUCAGAGAGACGGAGAGAAGAGAAAAAUGAAGCUCAAAGUAUAUGGAGAUCGAAUGUCCCAGCCAUCAAGGGCAGUUCUCAUCUUCUGCAAAGUAAACCGUAUAGACUUUGAGGAAGUCAGAAUUGACAUAGCCAACCGCCAGCAGUUAUCUCCUGAAUUCAAAGAUAUUAACCCUAUGGGAAAAGUGCCAGCUAUAGUUGAUGGAAGAUUCAAGCUUUUCGAAAGUCAUGCAAUCCUUAUCUAUCUUGCUUGUGCAUUUCCUGGAGUUCCAGAUCAUUGGUAUCCGGCUGAUCUUUUCAAGAGGGCCAAGAUUCACUCGGUACUGGAUUGGCAUCACUCCAAUUUGCGCCGUGGUGCAGCUGCAUUUGUUCUAAAUACUGCAUUGGCACCUGCACUUGGUUUACCCUUGAAUCCUCAAGCUGCUGCUGAAGCUGAGAAAAUAUUAUCUGCAUCCUUGUCAAAGAUAGAAUCUUUUUGGCUCAAGGGAAGUGGGCGAUUUUUACUGGGUGGCAAUCUGCCUUCCAUAGCUGAUCUAAGCCUUGUCUGUGAAAUAAUGCAACUGGAGGUUUUGGAUGAAAAGGAUUGUAAUCGGAUACUCGGUCCUCAUAAAAAAGUUCAGCAGUGGAUUGAGGAUAUAAAACGUGUAACGAGGCCUCACUUUGAUGAAGUACAUAAAGUCCUUUUUAGAGCCAAAGCAAGACUACAGAAGCAGCAGUCAGUGGGUGCAAAUGGUGAGACUGAAUCUAACUUGAAAUCUACAUUGCAGUCCAAGAUGUAAGAAUUUUGUUAUGUUUACCAUACUUGUUUACACCUAUGGAUCUGCGGUAGAAACAUUUAGCUUUGGUUAUCCAUUGUGUGAUUUGCAUUAUGGGUAGUUUCUGUCAGGUUGUAUCCCUUAUAGUUCCUCCUAAGGGAUUGAGGUUCUGUUGUGUUGCAGAUUGUUUAAUAAUGAAAGCUUUUUCACAAAAGAAAA